GCAUGCAUCCCCAAAACUGCUUGGAGAAGAAUCCGGUGUUCAGUCUGCUGCGACAACCGACAUCAUCGUGGUGCAUGCAGCCCACCAAGCUCCGGCGCGUACAUGUCGGGACGUCUGACUGUUUUGGGAAUGACGGGUGCUCUUACGACUUUCGGUCACCUCACGCUGAUGGCUGCGCAGCGGCAGCGGCAACAACGGGUUUUGCAUUGGCACUUCUGAGAGCACGCGACGAGACCAAGCCUUGCCGACUGUGAGACAAGCUUCCAUAAUCUAGCGGAGGAAUCUACAAAAGCCGCAAUCAAUCCACUGCACCACAAGCGACACCGCUGGAAGUGCAACAGUAUUCCGUGGAACAGCGGCACUAUCCGACACUCUCGACGUCAACAAUGUGUUCAUGACUUUUGUCUUGCCAGAAGAUAUCGACCAUGGGCCAACGAGAACCUCACAGCGUUCAUGAAGUUGAGAGGAGUCAGUAAAUGGAGAAAGCCAUACCCAUUAGAACCUCCGUCCAAUCUGAAUCAUGAACAUGGAAACACUAGCAGCGGAGGCUCAGUUCAAGUCUGUUGCCAAGACAAAUCUGCUAGCAACCAGGUGUCUGCUUCAUUUGCAUGGUCGAGAGAAGACCUUAACAAUACUCACGAUGAUGUGCCGAAUAUGAUCAUGUUCUUGGCUGCAAGACUGGCAUUGAUAGCUGCUUCGAGCGGACUUCUGUGUGAGCUUCUGGCCAGCCCGCGAUACCCGCACAGUCCAACAGCUCAAUUGUACAACCUCACUGCAACUGCCGCAGCAACCCCAGCAGCAACGCUAUGCAGGCGAGACUCGACCGAUCCUAUUCCCCGCAUAGCCAAGAUGCAGCUAUGGAAAGCUCCAAAGCAAGAUCACGACGAUCGCUUCGAGGCCUACCUACAUUUCAACGUGACCUGAGCAAAGAGACAUGAACAGAAGAGUUCGCUCCUGAGCUAGGUAUCGUUGGCCGAUGAACAUUGCUGGAACACGCCUGCCAUUUCGAAGACGCCAAAACGGCCGAGCGAGGCACUGCAGCAUUCGAAAAGCAAUCAGAUCUUCGAAGGGACAACUGCGUACGACGCAUGGAUGCAACACGCGGGUGAACCGCGCUUCAUGAAGCGCUUUGUGCUCUACAAUCUAUGAUGCAAAACCUCUUGCUCGCAAAUAAGACUUGCUACUUCCUCUU